CCCGGAUUCAUGAAAUUGUACUUUAUUACACUUUUAUUUCUAUAACAACAUGGAUAGCGACAUUCCAAGUGCUUUUGCUAAUCGACCUUCAGGAGACAAGACCUGGUUGUUAUUCCAUUAUAUUCCCAAUCAACCCUUAUCUAUUGUCAGUCUUGUGGUGUAUAUAAUCUUCAUGCUCUACUUUGCAUACAGAGUCUACAAAACAAAAAGCCGACGAUUUUUAUACAUCUUAUCUUUUACAGCAUUUAUGGAAGUAGUGGGUUAUUUAAUUCGAGUACUGUGCUAUAGCUUUACAUCCAUUGCUCGAUUUGCCGUUAUGAAUUUGUUCCUUCUGCUUGCUCCUAACGCGCUAGCAUUGGUCAAUUACAAGACUUUAGGUGAAAUGAUCAGGCUGUCCAGAGUACAAGAAAAACGGUUCUACUUGAGACCCAAGUUUGUGACAUGGUUCUUCUUUGCAAGUGACAUCUUUUCCUUCUUUUUGCAAGGCUCUGGUGGUGGCCUUCAAGCAACAGGCAACGCCGACACUGGUAAAGCAAUUGUCUUGGUGGGUCUGUUCAUUCAACUGUUCUUUCUUGCUUGCUUCUUUUUCAUCACCAUUUAUGUUUCCCGCAAUGACAAUUACACGUUUUAUGUAGCAGGUGUUGAUAAUCCCAAGCGAAAACUCGCCAUUUGUCUGUUUUCCACGCUGGUUCUUAUUUACAUUCGUUCUAUUUAUCGUGUAAUUGAAUACGCUACUGGUUAUGAUGGGCCUGUCGCCAGAACGGAGUGGGCUUUCUAUGUGUUUGAUACAUUAGCAAUCGCAAUCUGCUUUGUUCUGUAUGCCAUAUAUUACAUUGGCAAUUACAUUCCUAAACGUGAUGCUCAGGAGGAUGUUACGGCUACAUCAAGCAUUGAUCUAAACACCGUCAGAAUGUUAAAGAAUCCUGUUUAAACACUUAGAAUCCAUUUAUAACAUUUAUAUUAUUAUUGCAUUUAUUUAUAUCUCAAUAAAGCACAGAUAUUUAUAUAACUGAAACCAAUGUGUAAAGUAACAGAGCCACAUGUACCAUUUCGCUGGCCUUCGUAUCUUAUACAGUUGGCAUUUAAAACCUCUUAUCGUCUUACA